GGCAGCUAACUAGCUAGCUAGUUUGUUGUUGCUUCAACAACAGCUGUAGAACUAAUCUGCUACUUUCUGGCUCUGUCGAGGUUGACACAUCGGUGACUAGCUGUCAAAUGGUGAACAGAGUUGGGACUUGACUGAAACGAAGUCAGGCAGCCUGAAACGAAAACUGCACUGACGUUUAUUUGCUUGUUAGAUUUGCAACCUCGCCCACUAGCUAACGCUAACCGGUUUGCUAGCAAUCUGUGAAGAGCAGCUUGCUAGUUGGACCAGGCUAGCUGUACCUAGCACCGUUACCAGUUCACUUGAAGUAAUGCAUCUGAGGGGUAUCCAUUGUUGAACCAUCAUGAUGGCAGGUUCCCAGUGGGAGUUUCCUCCAGAGCUAUGUUGUCGGCCUAUGGCCUUUGUAGCUCUAACCGGUCUGGAUGUGGUGUACAAUGCUGUGCACCGAGCUAUCUGGGACGCCUUCUGUGCAAACCGUCGAGCAGACAGAGUCCCCAUCUCUUUCAAGGUGCUCCCAGGAGACCACGAGUACCCCAAAUGUCGUACUAAGCGAACAUCCUAUGAGUGGUAUAUCCCCAAAGGCAUCCUGAAAACAGGCUGGAUGAAUAAGCAUCUGAACCUGGUACCUGCUCUGGUUGUUCUCUUUUAUGAGCUGGAUUGGGACGAUCCACAGUGGAAAGAGAAACAGUCUGAAUGUGCCACUAAAGUGGAGAUUGUCAGGACCAGUCUUCAGGGCAGGAACACCAAGGUAGCGGUGGUUCUAAUCCAGAAGAAAACUCCACUACCUCCAGGAGAGGACCUCGUAGCGUCAGAGAGAGCAUCAGCUCUUUGUAAUGCCUGUGAUCUGUCUGGCAAGAGUCUCUUCGUACUGCCGCACACCGACCACUUGGUGGGCUACAUUAUAAGGUUGGAGAACGCCUUCUAUGAACACGCUCAGACGUACUACUACACUGAGAUUCGUCGCGUCAAAUCGCACAAGGAGUUCCUUAACAAGACGACACACCAGCUGCUGUUUGUCAGACACCAGUUCAAAAUCGCUUUCUUCAGUGAGCUGAAGCAGGACACGCAGAAUGCUCUCAAGUAUUACAGAACUGCAUACAGUCUUGUCCAUGAGCUCAGAGCCCAUGAGACCAACAUGUUGGAAAUCAAAACUAUGGCUGGAUUCAUCAACUAUAAGAUCUGUCGUCUGUGUUUCCAGCAUAACACUCCUCUAGAUGCUAUAGCCCAGUUCAGGAAGCACAUUGACCUGUGUAAAAAGAAGAUUGGCAGUGCCGAACUGGCAUUCGAACAUUCUGCAUGGAUGUCUAAACAGUUCCAGUCGUUUGGUGAGCUGUUUGAUGAAGCGAUAAAACUGGGGCUGACAGCCAUCCAGACCCAGAACCCUGGUUUCUACUACCAGCAGGCUGCUUGUUACAGCCAGGAGAGGAAGCAGAUGGCACAGCAGCUCUGUCAGGCAGGAGCGAGUUACCCCUCCCCUGAUCCACUGGACACCCAGAGCGGAGGACUGGACUUCUAUGGGCAGAGACCAUGGCGACAAGGACACCAGAGUAUUGAUCCUCCAGAUGCAGAGAAGGAGAAGACAGGGAUUCUGGCCCUGCAGAUUAAAGAGAGAGAUGUACCACAUUCUGAGCUGAUCAUAGCACUUCUCAGCAAUGCUGUCGCCCAGUUUAAGAAGUACAAGUGCCCCCGAAUGAAGAGCCACCUCAUGGUGCAGAUGGGAGAGGAGUACUACCACGCUAAAGACUACACCAAAGCCCUGAAGCUCUUGGACUACGUGAUGUGUGACUACCGUACAGAGCGAUGGUGGGGGCUCCUGACGGCCAUAUUGACCACAGCUCUGCGCUGUGCUUAUCUGAUGGCCAGUGUUAAAGACUACAUCAUAUACUGCAUGGAGCUCCUGGGCAGAGCUUCAACACUGAAGGAGGAGCAGAAGGCGAGGAUUGAGAAGAAUCUCAUCAAAGUCCUGAUGAAGGAGGCUCCUGACGCUGAGCCGGAGUGUGAUCUGUCCUCUGUCAGCGCAGCCAGGUCGCUGUGGAACGACCGCAUGGCUUUAGCCGGAUCAAAUGAGCUCACUAUAGAAGUGCAGGACUACAUACCAUUCCUCCAGUGUAAGGCCAGGUUCUGCUCUCCCAGUUUCCAUGUGGACCAGCCCAUCCAACUACAGGUCUUCCUUCGAGCUGACUGUCCUCAUCCUGUAUCGCUUAACAAGCUGGCCGUCAGCCUCAGUAACCAGGAGUACAACCAGUGGUGUAUGGUGGAGUCUUCAGAGCAGGAGAGAAUGAGCUUGUUGCCGGGGAAAACCAAAUGCUACAAUUUCAGCUUUGUAGCAAAGACUGAAGACGUUGGCAAGAAGAUCGAGAUGACAGGUAUUGAGGUGAUGUUGGGCAGUGAGAAUGGCCGCUGUGUGUUCCUGAGCUGGAGAGGGGCGGGUGGCGAUGCAGCCUCUACCCAUGAAGCCUUGCAGGCCAGCAGGUCGUCACGCAGAUGGGGGCGAGGUUUGGACACACGGCCAGAGCUGGACUGGGACAGCCUGAUCAUGCAGCACAGCACCAUGAUCAUCUCCAGAGUCCCAAAGAUCUCGGUUCAGCUGAACCAUCAGCCUCCUGCACUCAACAAUGAAAUGUACUGCAUCGGCCUCACUGUCCAGUCACAGGAGGAGGCUGUGGCAAAGGAUGUCAAACUGACGGCUGGCCUCAAACCAGGCCAGGAUGCUAAUCUAGGCCAGACCACGCACGUAACACUCGAUGGCUCAAAGGUUUGUGACGACACUGCGCCUGCUUUGCUCCCUGACGUACCCCUGGGAGACCUGAAACCAGGCGAGAAGUUGGAGAAAUGUGUAUAUGUGAGGUGUGUGUCGACUGGACCAAGGGUGUUCCUGUUCCACGUGGCCUACAGCAUCGAUACCACAGUGGAAGGACGACAGAUUGUCUGCAAAUGUCAUAAGGAUGAAACUGUUACCAUAGAGACAGUAGUCCCAUUUGAGGUGUCCGUCAAGUUUGUAUCGACCAAGUUUGAGCCAUUGGACCGGGUAGCAGUGGACAUUCCCUUCCUGUUGAUGACAGACAUCUUCUCCUCGUCUCCGUGGCCUCUUCUGUUGGCCUCCUCCUCUCUGCAGCUCCAAACUAUGACCAGCAACACACCACAGCUUCAGUCACAGCUACAGGAAGUGGUUUUGCAGACAGGUGAGUGUGCCAGUGAGUGUUUCUGUCUCCAAUGUCCACCAGUGACCAACAGCAAUAACACAGUGGCUACAGGACAGUACUUGAUAUCAUGGAGGAGAAGUCCCCCCAGUGCAGACAGUCCUCUCAUCCAGACUACAGUCACUCUACCUCAUGUCAUCCUGGAGUCUGUCCCUCUCUACAUCCAUGCUGAUUUACCAUCAUUUGGACGAGUCAGAGAGUCUCUUCCAGUUCGUUACCACAUAGAGAACAGAACAGCUCUGGUGCAGGAGGUGGAGAUGGCUGUCGAACCUUCGGAUGCCUUCAUGUUCUCUGGACUCAAACAGGUGCGUCUCCGUAUCCUUCCUGGCUCAGAGCAGCAGAUGCUGUAUAACUACUACCCACUGAUGGCUGGUUACCAAACACUGCCCCAGCUUAACAUCAGCCUGCCCCGCUGCCCGACCACCACCAACACACACACACUGAGACGCUUCCUGCCUCAACGCAUCUUUGUCAAGCCUCAGGGUCGACAGCUGGACGAUGCCUCCAUUGCUGCUGCUUGAAGAAAAGACAAAUUGUUGACUGUAAAUAUAAGAACAAAGCAGCAUUGUCUAAGUUGUUCUAGAUGUACGAUUCCUUACAGAUGACAAUAUUAACACUACUUGUUUUACAUUGUUCUGUAAAAACACACCAGGAAAUCCAACUGUUGACGACCAGGAGACAUUUGUUUCCAGUGUUUCAGUUCAUAGUGAAUGUGAUGACGUGAUGUGAGCGUGACAGGAGGCUGAUGAAUGAACCGAUACACAGAUGUUCAUGUGACAGUAAAAAUCUUGUUUAAAUCUUGUGUGAAUUAUAUGGAAAUUUGGGUAGAGUGUAAUACAUGGAAAAUGAAUCUGAUGAAGGUUGAAUUAAAUUGAAGUGA